AUGUCCACACACAUGCACGCGGGCACGCGCUCGUCUGCCGUGGUACAGCAGUCUCAUAGCGUCCGACGGACAGACCAGGGCUCCGUCAUGACUGUGUGUCCAGAGCUGUUGAUCCUGAUGGUCGUCUGCAUGCAAGAUGGACAUCCGUUCUCUCCCCCUGCACCCAGUGACACCAGAACAUCCGUCACUGGCAACAUCGCCACAAGGCCCAGUAAGCCAUGCACCAGCAUCAUCACGCACGACCGCCGCCAUCUUGACGAAGCUUGUGUCGAGGGUAUCCACCCUACUUCUGUUGUUCCGGCCCGCACUGGAGGUCUCCAGACUGAUGCCAGAAACUCUUCCAGACCUGAAAGCAGAGUUGGUCUCCCACUCAGCACAGAGAACAUAUUCUCAGCCAACCAUCAACACCGAAACUACGAUUUCUACAGCCAUUCAACGAAGGAGCCACGCAUUUCAUUCGAUACAUACAGAAGACCAGAAUUCUACUUCCCGUUACCACGAAAACGAUUAAACACAGGAGGAACAAGUUCUUAUGCUUCAGAAGCAAAGCGUCCCAACAGACGCCAUGAAACAGCAGAGCAGAGUGCACUUUACACACGGCUCGGGGCAAAUCCAACGAGACAGGGAGAUGCAACACACCAGUUCGAGUCCCGGAUUUACCCGUACAGAGUGGGUCCAGAUAAGUCUAAGACUUCCCUGGAUACAUAUUCCCACUCUCAUGAAAUUUCCGUGGGAAACCCACCUCACGGUGUUAUCUCUUAUAGUCACGAAGCGUUCAAAGCAGAGCCACCCCCACAUGCAAUGCCACCAGCACACAAAAUCACUCAUGGCUACAGUUAUGUAGAACCCUACCACGACCCACAGGAGCACCACCUGCAGGACUACCACUACGACCAUUCUUAUGAUUCGUAUGACUACGUUCACCACACUGACGUACCGGAGAAACCAACCACCNGGGCAAGUGCCUUACAAUUUCCUGACUCACCCUCCGGAGAGGAAUUUGCGUGA